UCCGAGCAAUGGCCAUAAAUGUUUCUGUAUCAUAUCACUUCUCUUUUGACCAAAGACCAAAAUCUCUGUGACAAAGGAGACGUCGCCUUUUUGGAGGGCUGACUGAGAACAUGGAUCCUUGAGAGGAGGCGUGUGUUAUUGCGGAAGGACCUGGUGAAGAGCGUUAUCCAGUUGUGAUCGUCAUGGAAGCCAAGAUAGUCAUAGUAGGAUGUGGCAUGUCCGGUGUGGCAGCUGCACACAGACUCAUCAAAGCGGGAUUUAAAAACGUCCACGUCCUGGAGGCGACAGCGAGGAGCGGGGGACGAGUACGAACCGGUCGACUAGGCGACAAAGUAAUUGAAAUCGGAGCCAACUGGAUUCAUGGACCGUCAGUGGGGAACCCGGUGUUUUGCUUGGCUCAGCAAUACGGCCUUCUGGAUCCGGAGGCUCUCACUGAAGAGAACCAAGCCAUGGACAUCGGAGGACACCCUCCCUGGGUUCCCACCUUUUUAAGCAGUUCAGGCCGCAAGCUGAACAUGGAGGAUGUGCUUCCUGCUCAUGAAAUGUUUGCUGAGCUGCUGGAGGAAAGUGCAGAGUUCUCUAAUCAAGGAGUGGAACCUUUGCCCUGUGUGGGUGACUUCAUCCGCACAGAGGUGAGACGGAGAGCCCAAGAGCGGUGGUCGGGUGUUGACGCCAACGUCAGGUCACUGAGACAGUGUCUCAUCAGCAACUUCCUGAAAGUGGAGUGUUCUGUGAACGGCGCACACAGUAUGGAUGACGUGGGACUCGGCCCGUGCGGCCUUUAUAAAACUCUCCCUGGACUGGACUGUGUGAUUCCGAGAGGUUAUGAGGGACUGAUCCAUCACUUGCUGGCAGAGCUUCCUGAUGGUUUGGUGGCCUUCAAUAAACCAGUGCAGUGCAUCCACUGGAACAACACAGAGAGAAGCCCGAACCCAGUGACAGUGGAGUGCAGAGAUGGAACCACAAUGGCUGCCGAUCACGUGAUCGUCACGGUGCCUCUUGGCUACUUGAAGAAACACCACUCAUCAUUGUUCCAUCCUGCCCUUCCUCUGCACAAGCAGCGCUCCAUCCAGAGACUUGGCUUCGGAACGAACAAUAAAAUCUACCUGGAGUUUGAUUCGCCGUGGUGGGACGCCGACUGUGAGGUCAUCCACCUGGUGUGGGAGGAUGAGGAUGCCAUGGUGGACCAGAUUCCAGAUCUGCACAGAUCCUGGAUAAAGAAGUUGUUUGGCUUCACGGUGCUGAAACCUACCGAACGGUACGGCCAUAUUCUGUGUGGCUGGAUUGCUGGACAUGAAUCAGAAUAUAUGGAAACACUUCCAGAGCAAGAAGUGUUUAAUGCUGUCACCCAGCUGAUCCGCAGGUUCACCGGAAACCCAACUAUCACUCCAAGAAGAGUCCUGCGAUCUCAGUGGUACAAUGACCCAUGGACUUGUGGGUCCUACACUUACCCUGGUGUAGGCUCUUCUGAUCAGGACCUGGAGAACAUGAUGGAACCUCUGCCGACGAAGAAAUCACCAUCACAACCUUUGCAGGUUCUGUUUGCUGGGGAGGCAACUCAUCCCUGCUACUUCUCCACCGUCCAUGGAGCGCUGCUCACCGGCUGGAGAGAAGCUGACAGGCUCAUCACUCACUACUCCGCCAAGCUGCCACCUCAGCCUUCAAAAUCGAAGCUCUGAAUCCACAAUGAUCCUCUGAACAAGGCAAUUCUGUCUGAUCAUAAAUGAGAUAUUCUUGCAUUUCAUGAAGAAAACUUGGAAGUAUAUUAUUACCACAUCUGUUUUUAACCAUCCAGUCAUGGUAGCAAUACAUACAUUUAUCAGUGUAAAUUUUCCCAGAUUGAUUAUGUCUAAAUAAUAAGCAACUAAUGAUGUAUAAUUCAUUUUUACAUGCGGAUGAAAUCUCAGGUACUUUUACUGAAUUGUAAAUAAGCUAAUAAAUUUGAAUUUUUUGAUCAAUAAUAAACCUUAUCCUGAUGUUUGCACUGUUCAAUAAAUGUUGAUAUAAUUUUGCAA